AUGAAAAAAGACACCCAGGAAUAUGUCAAGAAGUGUGACAAGUGCCAGAGAUUCGGCAAUAUCAUCCACUCUCCCGCAGAUGACCUCACAGCAUUAGUUGCACGGCCCCGUUUGAGCAGUGGGGAAUUGAUAUCCUUGGUCGAGCCUUUAGCAACAAUUUCAGAGCCUAAGUUGAGAACUUUCUUUUGGAGAACAUCCCACAGAACCGCUACGGGGGAAACCCCCUUCAUGUUGGCUUUCGGUAUUGAGGCCACCAUCCCUAUUGAAAUCAGGUUGCCCAGCCAAAGAAGACUUGAGCCUGAUGAUGAAGGACGCACCACUGAACACCUCGACCUCUUGGAAAAAGUCCGUGAUCGGGCAGCUUUAAAAAUGACCUCUUACCAAGAUAAAACAACAAAGUAUUUCAAUAAAAAAGUGAGAGCGCGGAGAUUCAGAGCCGGAGACCUUGUGUUAAGAGGGACCCAAGCAACAGGUCCUGCCCCGGGCAAGCUAGGACCAGUUUGGGAAGGGCCUUUCGAAAUCAUACGACAACUUUAA